AUGGAGAAUUUAUUGUCUCUGCUCUGUUGUCGUUAUUCUUUGCUGAUUUUAUUUCAGUGUAAAUACCAGGUGUAUGGAAACUAUUCCCAGCUACCCAAACACCCAGGGUUCAAAGUUCUCGCAUCAGCUUCCCAUUACUGGCCAUUGGAAGACGUGGAUGGAAUUCAUGAGUUUCGGGAUACAAAUGGAGAUAUUGUAGAAGGAAUGGUGAACAAAGGAAUUUACGUCACUGAAAAGAAAGGAGUUACCUUUCUCUUCUUUGGAAGCUAUCAAAAUUCUUGCAUUAGUAAUCCAGAAGUUUGUGGACCUGAAGGAGUAACAUUUUCUUUUUUCUGGAAGACUCAAGAUAAGCAGGCUAAGUUUCUCCCUGCCUCUGGUGGACAAGUAGUUUCCAGUGGUUUCAAAAUCUGUUCUAAUGAAGGUGAAGGCUCGGUGGAAUUUUACACCCGUGGGAAUGCAAUGAUGAAGUGGAAAGCAAGCUUUAGUCCACCAGGUCCUUAUUGGACUCAUAUUCUCUUUACUUGGAAAUCAAGAGAAGGACUGAAAGUCUACGUCAAUGGAACUCUAAACACAACUGAUCCAGAUGGGAAAGUUUUCUAUGAUUAUGGAGACCCCAGUGCAAAUCUACUGACUGGGACAGAGGGGGAUCAAACUAAGCGCUAUGUGAAUGGGGCAUUUGAUGAGUUCAUUAUAUGGGAAAGGGCACUCACCCCCAAUGAAAUUGAGCAGUACUUUACAGCUGCUAUUGGUGCACAAGUUUCACUUUCUUCAACACUUCCAUCAUCUGUGGUGACAACUACUACAAAACCUGUGCUCUCUACAAACGUCUAUCAUCCCAUCAUAACUAAUCUGACCGAGGAGAGAGGGAGCUUUCGCUCCCCCGACACCAUGCUGGGCUACCUGGAGAAUGUGUUCUUCAGCUUGCCCAACAAAUCCUUGUCAGCAGAUACUGCUCUAAGCUUGGCAGAGGCAUUUUUAAAAGCUAUUGAAGACUUUCUGUUAUUGCCCAACCAGGUCGAUGUACCAGAGACCGCUCACAUGUUUGGAAGUUUAAUUCAAACUAUUGAUAGUGUGAUGGGUCGUAUGACGUGCAAUCUGGACGAAAACUCAUUACCUUUAACUGUUGAGGGCACAUCAUCUGUGGCAGAUUACACCUUGAUCAAAAUGUAUCCUCAGACCCUGAAUCUGUCCCACUAUCAAUUUCCAUCUGGAGGACAGAAUUAUGUUUCCAUUCCCUGUGAAGCUUUUCAUGAGAAAGCUUGGGUUGCCAUUGUCGGCCUGCUUUACCGUAACAUGCAUUAUUUCUUUCAUAAUAUCGACCCUAUGGAUACCAAGAUUGCUGAAGCCGCUGCCUACAAAGGUUAUAUGAUAUCAGCAGCCAGUUAUCUUAUCUCUAUCAAAGUGGAACCUCUACCGAAGUUGUCCCACAAUCUGUCAGGAUCUCCUCUUAUUACCAUCCAGCUCACCCACCAACUG